AUGGCCACUGCCAAAGGUGACCGAGCAUCCAAGUUCGAGACCUUAAGACUCCUGGAAAAAUGCAGAAAGGAGCGGGAUGACGCUGUCCACCGAGAAGGCAUCCUGCGAGAAAAACUCCGGCAGUAUGAGUCCAGGCUUCGCUCCACUGAGGCCCUGAAGCAGAAGUUCAAGACCUUGCUCAUAGACAACAAGGAGCUGAGGAAGCAAGUCAAAACCCUGCGUAUAGAUAUUGGCCUGGAGUGCAGUCCCAAGUUCCUCGGCAAGACUACAAAGGAUAUAAUCAACGACCUGCAUGAGAAGGAACGUGAGUGCGACGCCCUGAUAGAGAAGGCGGCGAAGCUGGGUCUGACUGUGGAUGAACUGACAUCCGAGCUUGCCAACGCCGUCACGUCCAAGACACUGCUGGAGGAGCAGGUCCAGUCUUUGCAGCAGAACCUCAAGGAUAUGACCAACAACCAGCGGCGUCUGCUCAAGCUGUGGGAGGACAAGAGGGUCCAGCGGGAGCAGCAGGCCUUGCCCGCCAUCACGUUCAAGCCCGGGCAGAAACCCUCAUAUACUCAGAAGGCCGUUCAGACGGACAUGUCCAUCAGUGCGUCCCAAAAACUACCUGUCAACGCCUUUGAGACCAAGACUGACGAGGCAAAGACAGCAUUGGAUAGACCCAGUUUUACCACUUAUCAGGAUAAAUCUUUUAUGCGUGAUGAAAGUAAAGGGAUUCACAACUAA